AUGUCUAUAAUAUAUGACUUCACGGGAAAGGUAGCCCUAAUCACGGGCUCGAGUUCAGGCAUCGGUGCGGCCACUGCUGUACUUCUGGCCAAAAGUGGAGCCAAUGUUGUGAUCACUGGACGUAAUGCCGAGAAUGUGUCCAAAGUAUCGAAACAAUGUNUAAUCACGGGCUCGAGUUCAGGCAUCGGUGCGGCCACUGCUGUACUUCUGGCCAAAAGUGGAGCCAAUGUUGUGAUCACUGGACGUAAUGCCGAGAAUGUGUCCAAAGUAUCGAAACAGUGUUCAGAUGUGUCACCAAAACGUCUCAAACCUCUGGAAGUCGUGGCAGACGUUAAUAAAGAAGAAGAUCUCAACAGACUUCUGGACACAACUAUCAAGACUUUCGGCAAAUUAGAUAUACUCGUCAAUAAUGCCGGGAUUGGAGCAGGCACAAAAAUAACUGAAUCGGAUUACAUCCAAAAGUUUGAAAAAAUCUUUCAAACAAAUGUGAAUUCUGUGGGUAAAAACACGUCAGCCUACUACAUGUCAAAAGCAGCGCUGGACAUGUUUACCAAAUGUAUGGCCGCAGAAUUGGGUACUAAACUUAUUCGUGUCAAUUCAGUCAAUCCCGGAGCUGUUCGCACAAACAUUGCCAGGGAUUCCGAUCUCCCGAAUGAAUCACUGGAAAGAAUGUUCAAAAAUUUGGCCAAAAAAUACCCGGUCGGCAGAGUUGGUGAGGGAUUAGACAUUGCCAAUGCCGUGGCAUACCUGGCCAGUGACCAGGCUAGCUUUAUCACUGGGGCUUUAUUGGUGGCCGAUGGCGGACACAUAGCCGGCAACAUUCCUGAUAAAGAGCAAGCAAAAUAUGACUUCACGGGAAAGGUAGCCCUAAUCACGGGCUCGAGUUCAGGCAUCGGUGCGGCCACUGCUGUACUUCUGGCCAAAAGUGGAGCCAAUGUUGUGAUCACUGGA